AUGACAAUAACCAAUUAUCCAUUUGUUACUGGUUCAAACCUUACAUCACCAUGCGAUAUUCCUCGUGUCGCUCUUCUUGCUUAUACAAACCAAAGUCUUGCAUUAAAUGCUGCUGGAGGUACAAUUGAAAGCGCAUCAGAUUUAUUCUCAAUCACUCUUUGCAAAUAUUAUUUGAAUAGCGUCGUUUCUCUCUCUCCAACCAAUGUAUUUGGUGGUGUUGCACAUUAUUCCAGUUUAACAACACUUAUGAAUAAUCUUGACUCUGCCGCUGAUACCAUUCUCAAUGCACUCUACGCAUCCAUCAAUACUUGUGGUACUUUCACUGAUUUGACUGCAACAAAAUUCGACACACUCUCAACAGCCUUUAGUGGUUAUAGAACAACUAUUUUAUCACUCCAAACUAGUUCUAAUACUUUAAAAACAGCAAUCACUACAACCAGAGACAGUUUAACAUUGACCACUGACAUUUAUAACACUGUAAAAACAUGUUACACAAAUGUUAUCACUGCUUUAGAAGGUUUGAGUGCUCGUUUGGGUCAAGUUGCAUCUUUACUUAAUACUCAUAACGCAAAUUUCCCAACAUUUAAGGAUAAUGUUACCUCUUAUACUGAUCCAGAAGGUCCAGGUGAUCAAAGCAAUUAUAUGUCUUCAAUGAACUAUUCCAUGGUUACUUAUUUGAUUAGCUCAAAUACCAUUUUUUCAAAACUUUAUUUUUAUAAAAGAUUACGUGGUGUUAUCUUUUAA